UUUGUAGUUUGUGCAAGGUUCAAACUUCAAAGUUUGAAACUUCAAAAGUUACGUGUGAUUUUUUUUAUUUGUUUAGUUUUACUUACAAAACUUAUAAUCUUAUAAAAUCUAUACAAUUUAAAAUGCUCAGGUUACUAACAAAGUCCACUAAAGGGUUAGGCCAACUGCCUCCAAACAGAUCAAUAGCAUCUCUCGCAGCACUGCCAGACACAUACCAAAUGUUGUAUAAAACUUGUCGAGAUUUCGCUGAACAAGAAUUGAAGCCAAAUGCAGCUAAAUUUGAUAAAGAACAUUUGUAUCCGGGGGAUGCUAUUAAAAAAAUGGGAGAACUUGGUCUUAUGGCUAUAGCAACCCCUGAAGAUCUUGGAGGGUCUGGACUGGACUACCUAGCAUAUGCUAUUGCUCUUGAAGAGAUUUCCCGUGGUUGUGCAUCUGCUGGUGUCAUAAUGUCAGUAAACAAUUCCUUAUACCUUGGUCCAUUGAUACAUUGGGGCACUGAGAAACAGAAGAAAGAAUUUGUAACACCUUUUUGUACGGGAGAUAUUGUUGGCUGCUUUGCCCUCUCAGAGCCAGGCAAUGGUUCCGAUGCAGGUGCUGCUUCAACAACCGCCAAAGACUCCGGAGACAAAUGGACGCUAAAUGGCACAAAAUGCUGGAUAACCAAUGGAUAUGAGAGCAAAGCUUCUGUUGUGUUCGCCACUACAGAUAAGAGUCUAAAACAUAAAGGCAUAUCUGCAUUUAUUGUUCCAAAACCAAUUAAAGGCUUGGAAUUAGGCAAAAAAGAAGAUAAACUUGGUAUAAGAGGUUCAUCGACUUGUUCCUUAAUGUUUGAAGACUGUGAGAUACCCAAAGAAAACAUAUUGGGAGAGCCAGGAAUGGGUUUCAAAAUUGCUAUGAUGACACUUGAUGCUGGUAGAAUUGGUAUUGCUGCUCAGGCUCUUGGAAUAGCUCAGGCAUCAUUAGACGUAGCCGUAGAUUACGCAGCGAAACGAACAGCAUUCGGCAAACCGAUCAUGAAGUUACAAGCAAUCCAAGCCAAGAUAGCAGACAUGGCUCUCCGGCUAGAGUCGGCUAGACUAUUGACGUGGAGGGCCGCGUGGUUGAAGGAUAAUAAGAAACUGUACACUAAGGAAGCGGCAAUGGCUAAGCUUGCAGCUUCUGAAGCGGCUACGUUCGCAUCCCAUCAGUGUAUACAGGUGCUAGGAGGCAUGGGCUAUGUAUCCGACAUGCCUGCUGAAAGACAUUACAGAGACGCCAGAAUUACAGAGAUUUAUGAAGGUACCUCAGAGAUACAGAGGUUGGUCAUCGCCUUACAAAUCAUUAAGGAAUACGGACUUUAAUUACAUAUAAGUACCUAAUAAGUUUUAUAAUGUUUUGAGUGGGGAAGCUCCUUUUAUUUUUGUGCCUGUACAAUUUUCGGAAGAUUUUUACACAAACUAAUCAAAUAUAGUUUCUAAGCUUAAAAAAUAAACGUUUGAAACCUCUUGUUAGUAAAAAGUAUUACAAUGGUUGCUAUGUACAAUGUUUUAACUUAUAUCACAUGCUGCCUUAUGUAAAAUUUUCUUUCUCAGACCAUCAUGUUUUGUUUAUAAUAAGUAUCUAUUUCAAUUACUUUAGUGCCAUAAUGUACAGUACUCUGUAUUUUCUAUUGUUAUCUAAUAUUUUUAUUGAAAAAUCUUAUCUUUAUACAAUCAUCUUUUAAGUGGCUGACAAGACCAAUAA